AUGAAUUAAUAGGCAGAUAAGCUACGCUAAUAUGCCUAAGAAAAUGUGGUUUUUCUAUUAUAGAGACUAAUGCAAGAUAUUUUGGCACAAUAACCAAAGAAUGUGGUAAGUUGAAUUGAUAAUAUUGAGAUUGAUUGGUCAAUUGCAUGGUUAGAUAAAUAAGGUAGAGAUAUAGUCAAAUAAAAAUAAAGACCAAGUGUCUAAUCUUCCUCCUCAGAUGAAGAAGUAAUUGAAUUACCUAAAAGACCUGCAGCAGCUCGUAAAUAGAGAGCAUCAAUUUCUGCUGAAGCAUAUGGAUAAUACAAUAGAAAAGAGGUGUAUAAAUGAAUAUAAAAUUUCAGUCUUUUCAACCUAGAGUGAUUGUCAAAUCCCAAUAAUAGAAAGAAAUUAUCAGCAAAAGAUUAUCAUAAUCAUUUAUGUUUGCAUCUUUGGAUAGCAGAGAAAAAGAUAUUGUAAUAGAUGCAAUGGAAGAACGAAGUUAUAAGUAUGAAGAUUUGUUAUAUCUUUAUAUAGUGUAGAUGAUUGGGUUAUCAAAUAAGGAGAUAAUGGAGAUAAUUUAUAUGUUGUUGAUUAAGGAGAAUUAAACUGUUUUAAGAGAUUCACUAAAGAAGGUGAGAACAAAUUCUUAAAAGUUUAUUAUCCUGGAGAAUCAUUUGGAGAGUUAGCUUUACUCUACAAUGCUCCCAGGGCAGCUUCUAUUCAAAGUAAAACUAAUAGUGUUUUAUUUGCAUUGGAUAGAUAAACUUUCAAUCAUAUUGUUAAAGAUGCAGCUAUGAAGUAUACUAAUUUAUAUUUUAAUCAUAGAAAAAGAGAAAAAUAUGUUAAUGUUUUGAAAUAAAUUGAACUUCUCUCAAUGAUGGAUCCAUAUGAACGAUCUCAUGUAGCUGAUGCUAUCAAAAGUGCAUCUUUCUAAAAGGGAUAAUAUGUAAUAAGGGAAGGUGAAUAAGGAGAUAUAUUUUAUAUGAUAGAGGAAGGCAAUUUGAUUGCAACCAAAACUUUAAUUUAAGGAUAAGAUCCUGUCAAAGUAUUUCAAUAUAAAGAAGGUGAUUAUUUUGGAGAAUUAGCAUUACUCAAAGAUAUACCAAGACAAGCUAAUGUAGUUGCUGAAGUAAUUUUAAUACUAUUUAAUAGACUGAAGUGAAAUUAAUAUAUUUAGAUCGACAUAGCUUUAAAAGAAUGUUAGGGCCAUUAGAAGAUAUUUUAAGAAGAAAUACAGAGAAGUACCAGAAAUAUGAGUAAUAUUGGAUCACUUAAGGCAAAUGA